GCUAGUUUUGGAUCACUUGUGAGGUGCUACUUCCUCAUAUUCUCACAGCAGCCAAGAUGAAGCUGGUGGUACAAGUUGUUGAUGCUCAUGAUCUUAUGCCCAAAGACGGAGAGGGGUCUGCUAGUCCAUUUGUAGAAGUUGAUUUUGUGAACCAGCUUAGCCGAACCAAAACUGUUCCAAAGAACCUCAACCCAAUUUGGGACCAGAAACUUGUCUUCGACAUCAACCAAACUGAAAACUUCCAUCACGAAACCAUUGAAGUCUCUGUGUACAACGAGAGGAGAGUCCCUAUUCCUGGCCGACAUUUCCUUGGAAGGGUAAGAAUUCCCUGCUCAAACAUAGUCAAGAAAGGCGAGGAGGCUUAUCAAAGAUUCCAACUAGAGAAGAAGUGGUUUUUGUCAUCUGUCAAGGGUGACAUUGGCCUAAAAAUCUAUAUCUCACCAGAAUCUGAAUCAAAAUCUCCUCAACCCCAAGCACUAGAAGCCCUUCCUUCCAAGUCUCAUCAACAACCAGAUAUACACAAGGUCCUAUCUCAUAGCAAAGUAUUUGCUGCAGUUCCGAAAGCUGUUGCUACUGUUUCUUUGAUUGGCGAUUCAUCUGCUCAAGAGUCGAAGGAGGAGACGGAGAAGGCAGUAACAUUUCAUCACCUACAAAAAUAUCAAGUGCAACAAGCAGCAGACAUAUCAGUCGAGAGACAUUCUCUAGGUGUCCCAUUAACCAUGCAGCCAGUACGUCCGCAAGCCCCUCAUGGCCAUGAAGAAGACUAUGACCUUAAAGACACCAACCCUCAGCUUGGUGAGAGGUGGCCAAAUGGUGGAGCAUACGGAGGUAGAGGAUGGAUGAGUGGUGGUGAGAGAUAUACCAGCACUUAUGACCUUGUAGAGCAGAUGUUUUAUCUCUAUGUUCGAGUUGUGAAGGCCAAAGACCUCCCUCCCAGCUCCAUUACCGCAAGCUGUGAUCCUUAUGUGGAAGUAAAGCUGGGGAACUACAAGGGAAGAACAAAGCAUUUUGAGAGAAAAAUGAAUCCAGAGUGGAACCAGGUGUUUGCCUUUUCAAAAGAGCGCAUUCAGUCAUCUGUGCUAGAAGUCUUUGUCAAAGACAAAGAGAUGAUUGGAAGAGAUGACUAUCUUGGAAGGGUGGUGUUUGACUUGAAUGAGAUUCCCACCAGAGUUCCACCGGAUAGUCCUCUUGCUCCUCAGUGGUACAGGCUUGAGCACCGCCGCGGAGAAGGCAAGGUUAGAGGUGAAAUCAUGGUUGCAGUUUGGAUGGGAACACAAGCUGAUGAAGCAUUUCCUGAUGCAUGGCAUUCAGACGCUGCAGCAGUCUAUGGUGAAGGUGUUCAUAAUAUCCGAUCCAAGGUAUACGUUUCACCAAAACUGUGGUACCUUAGAGUGAAUGUAAUUGAAGCUCAGGAUGUGCUGCCUAAUGACAGAAGCCACAUCCCAGAAGUUUUUGUCAAAGCUCAAGUUGGAAACCAAGUCCUCAGAACCAAGAUAUGUCCAACUCAUACAGCUAAUCCAUUGUGGAAUGAAGAUUUAGUCUUUGUGGCAGCUGAACCUUUUGAAGAGCAGCUGAUCAUCACUGUUGAAGAUCGAGUCCACCCUUCGAAAGAUGAGGUGCUGGGAAAGAUGAGCAUGCCCAUUGACAUGUUCGAGAAGCGGCUUGACCACAGGCCUGUGCAUUCACGCUGGUUCAACCUUGAGAAGUAUGGCUUUGGUGUUCUAGAACCUGAUAGGAGGAAAGAUCUCAAGUUUUCUAGUAGAAUUCACCUGAGAGUUUGUCUUGAAGGUGGAUACCAUGUACUAGAUGAAUCAACAAUGUACAUAAGUGAUCAACGGCCAACUGCAAGGCAGCUGUGGAAGCAGCCUGUUGGGAUUUUGGAGGUGGGGAUACUAAGUGCACAAGGGCUUCUUCCAAUGAAGAUGAAAGAUGGCCGAGGAAGUACAGAUGCUUAUUGCGUAGCUAAAUAUGGCCAGAAAUGGGUUCGCACCAGAACAAUUCUCGACACACUCAGUCCUAAAUGGAAUGAGCAGUACACUUGGGAAGUUUAUGAUCCAUGCACUGUGAUAACUUUGGGGGUUUUCGACAAUUGUCAUCUUGGUGGCGCUGAGAGACCAGCACCAAUGGCGGCCAGCGCAGCAAGAGAUUCACGAAUCGGCAAGGUACGCAUUCGACUAUCAACACUUGAAGCUCAUCGAAUGUAUACACACUCAUACCCUCUCCUUGUUCUGCAACCUAAUGGAGUUAAGAAAAUGGGAGACCUCCAACUAGCAGUUCGGUUCACCACCCUUUCUUUAGCUAACAUGAUCUAUGUUUAUGGACACCCUUUGCUGCCAAAAAUGCAUUACUUGCAUCCAUUCACAGUGAACCAAGUAGACAAUUUACGAUACCAAGCAAUGAACAUUGUAGCUGGGAGGCUUGGCAGAGCUGAACCCCCACUUCGAAAGGAGGUGGUAGAGUACAUGCUAGAUGUUGAUUCACACAUGUGGAGCAUGAGAAGGAGCAAAGCCAACUUCUUUCGAAUCAUGUCACUACUUUCCAGCAUGUUCUCCAUGAGCAGAUGGUUCAGUGAUGUAUGCAAUUGGAAAAACACCAUGACAACAGUCCUCGUUCACAUUCUGUUUCUGAUACUGAUUUGGUACCCAGAGUUGAUACUUCCGACUCUUUUCGUCUACAUGUUCCUGAUUGGAAUGUGGAACUACAGAUUCAGGCCUAGACAUCCUCCUCAUAUGGAUAUUAAGCUUUCGUGGGCUGAAGCAGUUCAUCCGGAUGAGCUUGACGAAGAAUUUGACACAUUUCCGAGCUCAAGACCACAUGACAUUGUUCGAAUGAGGUAUGACAGGAUUCGAAGUGUAGCAGGGAGGAUACAGACAGUUGUGGGUGACAUAGCAACACAAGGGGAAAGGUUUCAGUCCCUACUCAGCUGGAGAGACCCAAGAGCAACUAGCCUUUUCAUAGUAUUCAGUCUUUGUGCAGCUGUGGUUCUCUAUGUGACCCCCCUCCGAGUGGUUGCUCUGAUUGCAGGAUUGUAUUACUUGAGGCACCCAAGGUUUCGAAGCAAGCUGCCUUCUGCACCAAGCAAUUUCUUCCGGAGAUUAUCAGCUCGAGCAGACAGCUUACUGUGACAUUAAUCACAAGACACUUUCAGUCUCUCAUGUUCUAAGUUAACCCAUCUUACUGUGUCAAAUAAGUUGUGUAUUUUAACUUACUUUUGUACCAAGGGUGCCUCAAAUAAUAAAC